ACACAUAGGUUAUCGAGACCAACGUAGUGAACGAGCAAUCCAGUGAUGAGGAGUAUGAGAAGACUAUCAACCAGUACACGGUACAUGAGGUGCUAGGGAGGGGCGCUUUCGGAGUGGUCAGAAAGGUCACCAGUGCCGAUGACGAUGGCGUGUAUGCAAUGAAGGAGAUCAAUAAGAAGAAACUGCAAAGGAAAAACUACGGCAUGAGCAACACCGACAGGAACACAGACACCAACGCACCCGUGGGCAGUAUUAGCUCAGACAUCAAACGCGAAAUAGCCAUCAUGAAACGCUUGGACCAUCCCAAUGUCAUCAGGUUAUACGAGGUGCUCAAUGAUCCGAAUUCGGACUUUAUGUACAUGGUGUUUGAGUUGGCUGAUGGGGUGGCGUGGACUCUGAACAGCAGAGCCGUGACGGGCCAAGGCGAUACAGACAAUGACGGAGACACGGACACGGCACAACUGCUGUCACCAGACACUGUGUGGAGCUACUUCCGAGAUGUCCUUGCGGGGGUACAUUACUUGCACAGUUGCAAUAUAGUCCACCGGGACAUCAAACCAGUCAAUCUAUUCGUUAUUAA